AGGGCGCAGGCGCAGAUCGCGUUGCCUAACAGUGGUAAACAGACGUCAGAAGGGAGUCUUCGCCUCGAGUCAAAACAAAACAAAGCAAAAUAAGUCAAAAAGAGAGCGAAGAAGCGGGUAUUUGGAUCGCUACGACGACAGAAAGUUUCUCAAAACUCGUCUAGGAUCUGGAACGGCUGCUCAGUGGAGCCUAUCCGAGGUUUUUCGCGGACUUUUUCACGGAUUGUAAACUCUGGAGUAGCAGGAGCUUAAGCAGCUAGCGUUACGGUGGCUAUCGUGCUGUUUGGAAAGUGCGGCGGCGACUUGGAGCCGACAGACCCGCUGACGACCGAGCUCCGCUGAGUUCCCUGGAACAAACUGUAGGAUUCCUUCACCGAGUCCACGAAGGCGACCAUCAGUCUGGAGUUUAGUUUGGAGCGGGGCGGUGUGUGAAGUGUUUGACCGCCGUGUGAGGCGGCAAGACUGGGAGAAACAUGGCAGUUGGUGACAUGCGCCUGGCCGCAAUGUGGCGCAUGGAGCGGACCUAAUGCACGGACUUCAGGACUGCGUUUUUUUAAAAGUUUUUUUUAACACUUGUUAUUUUUUUUACUACAAUAAACUUUAUCAAGGUUAGAGUAAAGCACAUUCCCUUCCCGUUUUGUCUAUUUUAGACAUAGGUUUGGAUGUUUAAAUCCCAGUCGGGACACAGAGACAGUGGACAAAGUCAGGAUUGUUUGCACAAAGUCGCUCCUUGGACAUUUUUACUAUUAACUCUAAUUCAGCCGCGCUGGUUAGUGACUGCUGAUUUUUAUAUUCUUGCUACUUUUUGUUUGUUUUUAUUUGCAAUCGUGCUCUUCAAACAUAAAAAAUGUUUUUGACGGAAAAGUAAGAAAAAAAAAUCUGAAAAUUUGGUAUAGAAAGAUAUUUUCACUCAUUUCUAAAAUACUACUUUGGUGGUUUUUAAAAAAUUUGUAUACUUAACGAACUUAUUUUUUUAAUAUGAGCAGAAACCUCUGUAGAUCCAGAUGUUUCGGUGCUCAUUGACACUCCUUCACUGUUGUUUGUGUUUCAUUGAAACAAAGAGACUUCUUCUAUAUAUAUAAAUCGGAAGGUUUAUGAUAGUUACUAUUAAGGAGAUUAUUUGGGUUCCCUAAUCUCCAAUCUGAGGAUUAACAGAGGCCAUUGGUGUGUCCAGAUUAUUGCGUCUCCUUUCUAGGCCCCUUAGUUGAAGCCCCCCCCUGUUGUGACUGAGGUAUAUAUUUAUGUCAGAAACUUUUUAAUUUACAUUUAAAUAUUGAAAAGGUAAAUGUUUUAGGAGAACAGAACUUUGUCAGAGGGAGUUUAGAGAACCAGCAUGGAGGAGUCUUCAAUGCCCCCCAUCGAUCCCGACUUUGAGCCGCAGAGCAGACCCCGCUCCUGCACAUGGCCGCUCCCGAGGCCCGACAUCUCGGCUGUCAAAGUAGAAGGGGCGGAUGGCGCCGAGUCCGCCGCCGGGACCCCGCCCGCAGCGGACGAGGACAAGCCCGAACCGCAGCAAAUCAUCUCCGAGCCCGAGAAAGCCGCUGCCGCCGCGGCGGCGGAGGAGGGCGGGGUUGUGGCCGGCGUGGGCGGAGCCGGAGCGACGCCCCGCAAAGGAUCCUCCAGGCGCAACGCGUGGGGGAACCAGAGCUACGCGGAUCUGAUAAGCCAGGCCAUCGAGAACUCGCCAGAAAAGAGGCUGACCCUGGCUCAGAUCUACGACUGGAUGGUGAAAACUGUGCCUUACUUCAGAGAUAAAGGAGACAGCAACAGCUCUGCCGGCUGGAAGAAUUCAAUCCGCCACAACUUAUCACUCCACAAUAAGUUCUUGAGGGUUCACAAUGAGUCCACCGGGAAGAGCUCCUGGUGGAUGCUCAACCCCGAGGGUGGGAAGACGGGGAAAGCCCCCCGCCGCCGAGCCGUCUCCAUGGACAACAGCAGCAAGCUGCUGAAGAGCCGCAUACGAGCCAAGCAGACCAAGAAGCAGGCUGGAGCGGCUGGCGGUGGCGGCGUGCUGCAGGGAGACGGCGGCGGCGGCUCUGCCGGCGCUGAGAGCCCCAACUCGUCGCAGCAGUUCCCCAAGUGGGGCGUGAACAGCAGCAGCCCGUCAUCGCGUGGCAGCCUGGACGAUGCUGACAUGUGGACCACCUUCCGCCCACGCACCAGCUCCAACGCCAGCACCCUGAGCGGCCGCCUGUCGCCCAUCGCCCCAGGCCAGGAGGACGAUGACAGCCUGCCUGACGACGGCCUGCUGGGCCGCUACGCCUCCAGCAGCCUGACCCCGACGCUCACAGAGACCGUCAUGGAGGAGCUGGACCUGAUCGACAACCUCACCCUGAUGACGGCGCAGCAGGGCGCGGCCAGUCCCAGCACGGCGCCGCCGGCACCGCCCACGCCACUGCCCUCCGCUUCCACCUUGCUGCCGCGCGGCUCCGGCUUCACCUCCUUCCACCAGGCGCACUCUGCCGCCCAGCCCGCCGUCUCCCUCAAAGAGCCGCCGGCGUCCUUCAGCAACUCCCUCUUCAACCCCAUGAGCAGCUCCAGCGCUCACGGUGGCGGCCACUACGGCGGCCAUGUUCCCUCCAGCCUGGAGGUGCUGCUGACCUCUGACUCCCCUCCGCCCAGUGACGUGCUAAUGGCCCAGGUCGGCCCGCUCAUGGCGAACUCUGGAGGUCUGGGUCAGAUGGGUUUGGGCGUGCGAGCCAAACCCGCUCAGCUGCAGCUGAACAAAGCGCUGGAGGCGAACGCCGUGGCGCCGAUGGCGAUGCAGACCCAGAUGCAGCCGACGCCACAGCAGCAUUUCCGCCACAACCACCAGCAGCAUCAAAUCGGACUGGGGAUGAUCCUGUCCGGACUCUCCCAGGACCCGACUCCCCUCUCUGCUCUCAAAACCCACCAGGUGCAAACCAUCAGCGCUCAUCACACCGCCCCCGCUCCGGCCCCAGCAGCCAAUCAGAGCCUGAGCCUGCCGGCGGUUGGUCCGUUUGGCGCUCCGACAGGGUUCCAGCCCGGUCAGGAGCGACUGCCCACGGACCUGGACAUAGACAUGUUCACCGAGAACCUGGACUGCGACGUGGAUUACAUCAUCAACAGCGACCUCAUGGACGGAGAUGGCAUGGAUUUCAACUUUGACCCCAUCCUGCCCGGAGGCCAAGGCUACACGGGGCCAACCAACACGCAGGGCUCGGCCCACAGCUGGGUGCCCAGCUAAUCCAGCAGAACCUCAUCAGGAUCUCACCUCCAGUCAACUUAACCUCACUAAAACAGCAGAACAACUGGUGCACCGCCCCCUGCUGGAUGAAAACAGCAAAUCCAACGUCUGACCUCACGUCACUUGCCAAGACGUGCGGUUACAGGGAGGCAACUGCUUUCUUUUUAUUUUUCUCUAAAUGAUUUUUCUUAAUAACACUUGGCAACAAUUUGGCUGCUUUCUUAAGAACCGGAACUGAUGACUUUAUUAUUAUUAUUAUUGUUAUUAUUUUUAUUUGUGUAAAAAAAAGAAAAAAAGAUAUUUUUUGGAGUGUAAAGACAAAUCAUCAGAGGUUGCAUUUCAUGUCAUGUUACGCCGCAGCAGCUGUAGAAAUGGUACGUCCAGAUCAGGCUGGCGCUGGUUCUGAACAUUUUAUUUUUGUUUUUUGGCCAGUUUUGCACCAGCGCUCGCUCGACGCGUUGCCGUGCGAUCGACUGAAAGACGUGCGAGCGAUCAAGCUGCACAGACCCCAGAGAGAGUUGAGAUCAGGAAGACUAACGGACUGGACGACCUUUCGGUGGCUUUACAUCGACCCUGUAAAUUUAACUCGGUUGGAGUUGUUUUCCUUCUGUUUGGCAUUUUUUGACAAGUGUGCUAUGAUAGAAACCAGCUAGAGGGUGUUUUUGUUUUCUCCUAAAUCCCUGAGGUGCAGUUGAACUAACAAAAUGAAGAAAUCGAACGUAUGUGGGCAUUUCAAAGUAUUACACGCCAGGAUGCCUCCGCUCUCUUAUCGUUGUUGUUUUUGGGUUUUCCUCCUUGAGUCUGUGCAUUUUCAAAGCACUUAGGUUUCCUGCCACACAGGGACCCCAAACUGUAAAAAUUUGUUUAUAUCGUUUCAACAAAUAAUAAUAAAAAGAGUAUAUAAUCUUUUAAAAGAGACAAUGAAAUGAACACGUUGCACCUGUACUUGACCGCACGCUAUGCAGAUUUCUCAGGAGACAGAAACAAAACCUUGAAGGAAAUCGAAGGUUUUUGUUGUUGAACGUUCUCCUGGUACGGUUCCUUGGAAAAGUAUUCAUCAUCACUAAACGUCUCGCGUUUUGUUACAAAAACAAACUGCAAUGUGUUCUAUUGGGAUUUUAUGUGAAAGGUGGAAAAUUUUUCUUUGCAAAUAUCUGAAAAGUGUGGCGUUGAAUUACCUUUUGCUAUAGUUCUAGCAGUUCGGCCAGCGUGGUUCAGAGACACUUGGCAUUUGGCAUAUUUGCACAUUUGUUUCUGUCGGCUUCUGUUUUUAAAAAUCCAGAAAUUAUAAUUUUUUUGGAUAAAUUUUAAAACUCCGAUUUUCACGUUUUACUGUGUACAUCCCAAAAAAUAUGCAAAACAACCCAACACUUUUUCUGUUUCAUUUACAAAUUAAUUGACUUUUGAGGAAAGUUUUACAAGAUUUUAAGGUGUAAAUUAUGAAACAUGGCCUAAUAUAGAUGCAUGCCACACUUUUCAUAUUUAUUUUCUUUACCUGAUCUCAUUUUUACACCACUUUCUUCUAUUUUUUCACAUAAAAUCCCAAUAAAACAUUUAAGUUUGUGGCUUUAUGGAAAAGUUUCUAAAAGGAUGAGUAUUUUUGACAAGGCGCUACAAAACUGCUUUCCUUUAUUUUUUUUGUACGGAGCAGGAGCUUGCAAGUUUCCUCUCACACUUUAAUUUUUAAAUACUAACAUGAAAGCAAUUAAAUGACAGUGUGAGAGGUACCAGAAAAGAAUAUAUUUGAUUAUAGUUUUAAUAUACAAUUUAGAUUGAGAUGAUAAAUCAGAUAUUAAUACGUAUAUUACUAAUGACAAGUGAUGUGUUUUUUUUUUACAUUGGAAGAAGCAUUCUCAGAUUUUUAACGGUGAUUUUUCUAUACUUUUAUUUUUGUAAAGGACAAAAUGCAUGUGGAUUUUUUUUUUUUUUACAUAACCAAAGGAACACUAAUAUUUGCAUGGCAUUUAAAAAGCGCUUGGGCCUGACACAACAUCUUCUGUGUACAUAAGCUUCGCAAAGCAGACCUGUAAUAUGAUUUUUAUUUUAUUUUUUUAUUGGGAAGAUAAAGGAGGCGAAUACUUGAUCAUGUCAGCUACGAUUCCCAGCCACCUGCCUCGCGCUUUUUAUUUGUUUUACUCUGAAAAUCUGCCGGUUCUCAUCUCAAAACGAGUUACCUCUCAGAAGCAGGAAAACAGCUGCGUGCAGAUGUAAUCGGAUAUUUAUUUUGCACAAGACUGGAAACCCAACAUGCCAUGUCUUUGAUUUAAUUUCCUCUGAGAAAAAAAAAAGAGCUGAUCUAAAAUUAAACUUCCUGUUUUGUUUUUUUCUUUAAAGAGUAUUCAUGUUUAGUUGUUCAGCCAUGCGAAUCAGUGCUAGUUGUACUUUUUUUUAAUUUUUAUCUGCCAAUAUCCGAAACACUAGAGCACGAUGUUGCUUUGUAGCAAUACUUAAACCUAUCAUCUCCCGUCUUUUAACAUUUUGUUUUUGUUGAUUCUGUGCUCAGAAAUAAAACCCACCCUGCAUCUUGAACUCAUUUUUUCACAGUAGGAUUGUUAAAAAAAAAAAAAAAAUGUUAAAGAACUCUCCUUUCCCUCCCCACAAAUGUUUUAUAUCUUGUUUUUGUUUUUGCAAAUGAUGGUGCUAGAUGAUAUCAGUGCAGUCGGUGCAUAUCAGGGCCUUUGUAUUUUGGAUUAUUAUAGUUAGGAUGCAACCAGAACUUUUUGUUUUUUGUUUUGUUCUUACAUGUACAAUUUAACUCUGAAGCAAAAGUCAAACUUCUUUACUUAUGCAUGAUUUUUAUUAAGUAAUAUCAGUAAUUAUUUUAGUCAUAUAUGCAACCAGGCUUGUUUUUGUUUAAUAUCUGAUAAUUCCCAGCUGAGGCUGCAGCAGCUUCUCUUUCUCCAGUUUACGGUCGCUGCCUCUGUGGUGUUUAGUACCUGGCUUGUAUCUCCUCCAACGCUGACACAACUUUCUGCUUGUUCUUAUUCUUCUGUUAUUGUGAGUAGCAGUUAGGUCCUGUAUGUUUUUAACUUUACCCCCAUUUGUUACAGCAAUAAAAGUUGGCGUAGGGGGACGAUGGGUUGUGCAGAAGCCAAUUAAUGUUUAUGGUUUUUAAUCAUGUGAAUAUUUUCUUUUUCUUCUUUUCCCUCCUCUUUGUUUUUGUUUCUUCUUUUCUUUACACUUUGUAAAGUCAGCCAGAGAUAAAAGUAGAGAUGCAGAAAUCAAUUCAAUAAAAUGUUUAACCCA